AUGUCCUGUCAGGUGUCUGAAUUUGCCCGUCGGUGGAAUGGUACGACAGCCACAUGGCUACGUAGGCUGGUUUUCCAAAUAAUCAAAACUGCUCCGCUGGUAAUGACGUUUGGGUUUUCAAUCUGGUGGCAUGGCUUACAUAUGGGUCAGUUUGUGGGGUUUCUUGUCUGGGCUGCAGCUGUGAGAGCAGACUAGCAGAUAUACAAGUACUUAAAGCCAAAGCUCACAUCUACUAGGAGGAUAUCGGUGUGCACCUGUCUGGGUUGGGUAAAUACUCAGAUGGUCAUGGUGUGUGUUGUUAUUGCAGUCGAGCUUCUAAAUACUUCCUCUUUGAGAAUAUUGGGUCUGACAUACACUGGGGUUUUUCCUCUUCUUAA